AUGUGGCCUCUAAACGAUGGAUCUGGAGAACUGAGCUUCUCUUUAGGUCCCCUAUGUCUUUGGGACGCAGCCGACUGUAAUUCUUCGAACUGUUGCUGGCUGAAUUCUCUUUUGUUCUGGAGAUGCGCGCUAGAAGGGAAAUUUGGUGAGGCUGAAUCGUCGUUCUCUUCCAGAUGCAGAUCCUUUGGUUGGGUCGGAAAAGUUGAGGCACACACGAUAAGCAUUAAAGAAAGGAUUAGCGUGAUCGAACACCUGAAGAAUCGAUUCAUGUGUUUAACUUGUUUUUCCAUUGUUUCUUCUAUUAUCUUCGCUAAUUUAAAAACAAUUCUAUAUAUCUAUCUCUCACAGUCUGUAAUAAAUCUAUCUAUCUAUCUAUCUAUCUAUCUAUCUAUCUAUCUAUCUAUCUGUUGUGGCUUUAAUCUAUCUAUCUAUCUAUCUAUCUAUCUAUCUAUCUAUCUAUCUCUUUUCUGGUGCCUGGUUAAUCAUAUGAACCCGCAUGAAAGCAAUCCAUUUACACUUGUUGCCCCUUCCAUGCCGCGCAUUGAGUCUCAGGAUGGAAACUUUUCAUGCUCCCAUUGCUCUAGAGUUUGCCGAUCAGCUGGUGGUCUUAAGCAUCACAUGAAAGUUCACAGUGCUGCCAACACUGUGUCUGUCGUCUCACCCAACGCCAAUGGUCACGAGUGCCAAAUCUGUUCCAAGAUGUGCAAAUCGUUGGCAGGACAGAAAAGUCAUCAACGGGUUCAUAGACGGUCAAUCAAUAGAGUCAUGGCAAUCGUCUGA